AUACAUCUCUGAAUGAAAAAAAAAACAAACAAAACAUUAAAUAAACAAUAGAAAAAACUUAAAAAUUAUCGACGAACCACAAACCAAUUAGAUCUUCGCCCAUGCAAAAUCAUUUCUGCAGAUAAGCAAAAGACAAGUAACAAGUCGUUCAAUUCUUAUCUCAUUUACUUGAAAGAUAUUCCCAUACCCAGGCGAAAUGAAGAGAGCUUAAACAAUUUUAGACUAUGGACCUGUGCCAAAUUAAGAUUUGUUGUAAAAUUUAAUCGGCAGAAACAAAACAAUUCAAACACAAAAUGCUUUUGAAAAUACGACAUGCCUUGUUGGAAGUGGCCAAUCAUCCCAAUGCCAAGCAGUCGGCAGUGAUAAUUAAUAAUGAACUUAUAAUAACCUCAGGAUGUAUACUACAACCCUAUAUUCGUCCAAUUUUACCAUUUAUAUCGGACCACAGCAAUGAGAAUGUGUGUGCCAGCACAAAAAUCAUACACAAACUGCAGCAAUGUCGUUUGGUGAAUGCCCAAGAUGUAGAUUCGGAUGAGGCCCAACAUUUAAAUUCAAUCAAUUACCAGGUAACCUUUGACCAUCGUAAGUUACCACCGGCUGUGACGGAUUCCAAACGCGAUUCCAAUGUGCCGCACAUUUUGACGCGUUAUCGUGCAAAGCUAUUGUAUAUCUUUAGCUCGCAGGAGAUCUCCAGAAAUCUCCAUAAAAUGUUAAAUUCCAUGAGUUUUAAUGAGUCCCAGACCAAGGAUCACAAUGAAGUUUUGCUAACGAGUUUCCUUGUCCUAACAAUGCGUCCGACAAAUGUGGCCAAGACGCCGGAGAAAUUCGAAAGAUUCUUAGAACACAUUGCCCACUACCUAAGAUAUAUACAUCCCAUACGGCCGCUGGAUGAUGUCCUUACAAUGUGUACCCCCUUUGGUUUGGAGAACUUUUACAAAACCAUAAGUAUUGGCAAAGUCUCAAAUGUAAUUGGCAAGAAUGGUUCACUGUUUGUGCUCUCCAAUAAUCUGCCCUUGGGCUGUGAAGGUUCGGCUGUUUUCAAUAAUAAGUUACGUUUAAUUGGUCUCAUCAUAAGCACGGCCUUUCAGCGCAACAAUGAAAAUCUGCAAAUGACUAUUGCGGCAAAUUUUGCAUUUUUAUUGCGUGAUUUUAUGAAUCAGUUGGGCAUUAAAAUUACCACCAUUACCAUACCCAGAGAACCGUCAAAUUUUGCCUGGGAACGCAGCUUGGUGGUAAUAGAUGCGAAUGGCAAUCAGGGCACAGGAACAUUUGUUAAAGUGCAAAACAAAAAGUUCAUAAUAACAUGUUCGCAUGUUGUUUUUCAGAUUAAUUCCACAGUCUAUUGUCGUGGCGUUGACGGGGAAUUUGAAUCGGAUGUCUUGUGGCGUAAUCCCAAUUAUGACACGGCUUUCGAUGUGGCUCUCCUGUCGACACCCGCACACAUUCCCUCACGUUAUUGUGUACGUUUGGCCCAGACGAAACCCUGUUUGGGACAAUCGGUCUACAAUGCUGGAUUUCCAUAUUUUGUUAAUUUCAAUUUAAAAUAUGAUUUUAAUCCUUCGAUAUUUCAAGGACGUAUUAUCAAAUAUACCCCGGCAGCAAUAAUGUCCGAUGGCUGUGUACAGGCUGGACAAAGUGGUGGCCCGAUGUUCGACGAACAUGGCAAUAUCAUGGGUAUUUGUGUUUCCAACAUAAAAAUGGAUAAUGUUGUCUAUCCGAAUAUCAACAAUGCAAUACCGAUUAUUACGAUACGUUCCAUAUUAGAAGAUUAUGCGAAAACGAAUGAUAUCCAUAUUUUGAAUAAUUUGGUGGCAAAUCCAGAUAUACAACGGGUAUGGUCGUUGAAGCCACCACCUGUUAUAAGCAAACUUUAAUGGCCGUGUAUUUUAUUUAUGUUUUUUUAUUUUCCUUUAGCUAUAGCGCAAAAUUAUUUGCUUUUUAAAAUCCUAUGCUUGUUACUACAUUUUAUACACAUACUUUUUUAUAUAAAUAUUUUAUACAAAAGUUUACACCAAUAAAAUAUGAUUUAUUUAAAACACAA